AUACUCCGUAGCCCCGACGCCAAUAUAUCCAGUCCGCUUGCACACGCGGCACAUUCUGCUGUAUCUUCACGCGAGCUUUCUAGAGCGGCCGUCAGCGGCACGAACGCAACAUGGCGACACCAAAGAAGGUGCCGGUGACAAUGCUCAGCGGCUUCUUAGGCGCUGGCAAGACCACGCUUCUUCGCUAUGUGCUGGAGAACAGCAAGGAGAAGAUCGCCUGCAUCGUCAAUGACGUGGCGGCGAUCAAUAUCGACGCCAAGCUAGUGCGUAACGAUAAGAACCGUGGCAGCUCCGCCACCACCGCGGACCUGACGGAUACGAUCGAGCUGGCGAACGGCUGCGCAUGCUGCAACAUCCAGGACGAGCUGUUUGGCUCGUUCGAGCAGGUGCUGGCGCUGGCGGACAAGCGCGGGGAGCCCUACGCCAGGAUUGUUCUGGAGAACAGCGGUGUGGCUGAGCCCCAGAACAUCCGGGACAAGUUCAACGAGGCCGAGGCGCAGGUGUGGGCGGGGGGUUAACGUUGAACCAAUCCCGUAAGUGGGCGGGGGGGGACCUUCAUGACUUGUUGUGGGCUGGGGAGGGGGGGUUCGGGGGGGGGUUAACGGGGGUUAACGUUGAACCAAUCUCGUAAGGAAACAGUCGCGCGGCAAGGAGAACUGCAGCUGCAAACGCGAGUCGUUGUCAUUGUCGUUUGGGGGGGCGUUGUACAUACCAGCCCAAACUAAACUAAAACC